AUGUAUUACAGUAAUGACGAAAUCUUGUCACACAUUAACCACCUUAGUGCAUUAACUACUAAAUUAAAGAACGUGGAACAUAUUCAUAAUUCAGAGAAAUUUGAUCGCUAUUCCUCGGAGACAAGCAGCUAUCUACAUCGUCUGGCAAGUUUAUCUCUCUAUGCCCACAUUCUUCUCUCGAACAGUGUUCCGAUCAAUAAUAUAUUAAAAUUAUGGGGGUGUACAUAUGAAACUAAUGAUUAG